CCAAACCACACCACUUCCGAUACCAAUUGUCGAAACGACAAGACACUCGACAUAAACCCCCUCGUACAUUCAUCACACCAGCCAACACUAAAAAUAACCACUUUCACCAUGUCGUCUCUCAUCCAGACCACCGCCCGCCGCACGGCGACCAUGCCCAUCUCCAUCAUCCGCACCGCCGCCCUCGCUCCCCGGAUAGCAACAGUAGCGACCCGCCCUUUCACAACCUCGCCAACCCCCAACAAGUCCGCCACCGAGACCGUCAAGGACAGCCUAAAGAACGUCGACCGCAAGGUCAGCGAUAAGAUUGUCAAUGGCAUCAACCUCGGCUCCAAGGUCGCCGAAAAAGCCAAGCACAUGACCGGCGACGCAGCCCACGACGUGACCCACGGCGAGACGGCCAGCAAGGCCAAGGGCAAGGCCGAGGAACUCGCCGGCGAGGCCAAGGGCAAGGCCUCCGAGAUCAGCGGCGAGGCCACGGGCACUGCCCACGAAAUGGCCGGGAAGGCCAAGGGAGCUGCGGAGGAGGUCAAGAAGCGCAUGUAAAAAAAAAAAAGAAUUUCGACUCUUUCCGACUCGACGUCAUGCAAUGACUGCGAGAUGUUUUCUUAGCUCUUGGGGGUUGUUUCCACCAUGAUGGCUUCCUCCUGGUUUGCCGGCGUUAUCUGUACAUUAGUCGCCCUUUUUCGCUUCCUACCUAUCAACCAAUAGCAGCAUGAAUGGAGUCUUCGGUUCAUGAAGAGAUGAUUGUCCUUCACGUGGCAACCUAAUAGGAAUGGCUAACCUGGUCGUCCCACGGCCUUGCGGGCACAAAAACUGAUCCGGGACAUAUCAACCAUCACUCACGCACAUUCACACAUCACAAAACGAGACGAAAAAUGUACCGACGCAACCGCCUCCCAAACCCUUGCCCGAGUCCCCCACCCCAUACAGUCUGGUCCGAAGACCA